AUCUCAAAAUCAUAACCUCCAUGUUUUCUUGAGUAGGAAGUUGAGAUCGAUGCUUAAAGGAGUUAAAGAGUAAAAGCACCGUCUCCGUCUCCACUCUCGGCUUCUUCUUCGUUGCGCUUUUUCCCAAAACCAAUUGCAUCACUCUCGUCCGUUACCGCCGCUGCCCUAGACCACCGCAAGCGACGUCGCACACCGCCUUCAUCCGUUAGGGCAAAAAUGAGUCGAGGAAGUGGAGGUGGAUACGAUCGUCACAUCACUAUUUUCUCCCCUGAAGGACGUCUCUUUCAAGUGGAGUAUGCUUUCAAGGCUGUGAAGGCUGCAGGAAUCACCUCGAUUGGUGUCCGAGGAAAGGAUUCAAUUUGUGUCGUUACUCAGAAGAAGGUUCCGGAUAAGCUUUUGGACAACACAAGUGUUACACACCUCUUUCCAAUCACCAAGUACCUUGGAUUAUUGGCUACUGGCAUGACAGCUGAUGCUAGGACACUGGUCCAACAAGCAAGAAAUGAAGCAGCUGAGUUUCGCUUUACAUAUGGAUAUGAGAUGCCUGUAGAUGUAUUAGCUAAAUGGAUUGCAGAUAAAUCACAAGUCUAUACUCAACAUGCUUAUAUGAGACCACUCGGAGUAGUUGCUAUGGUUUUGGGUAUUGAUGAUGAAUAUGGACCUCAGCUAUACAAAUGUGAUCCAGCUGGUCAUUACUUUGGUCACAAGGCAACAAGUGCUGGAUUGAAGGACCAAGAGGCAAUUAAUUUCUUGGAAAAGAAGAUGAAGAAUGACCCUUCAUUUACAUAUGAGGAGACGGUUCAGACUGCCAUUUCUGCCCUGCAAUCAGUUCUUCAGGAGGAUUUUAAGGCCACUGAGAUUGAGGUUGGAGUGGUGCGGAAGGAUAAUCCAGAAUUCAGAGUUUUAACCACCGACGAAAUUGAUGAGCACUUGACUGCAAUAAGUGAGCGUGACUGAGUUCUUGAUAAGGAUGUAGUUGUUCAAACUUUCUGAUGGUAGAGAUUAUAUUAUGUACUUGUUUCUGGAAUCAUCGAAUUGAUUUCCUUGUGAUAUUUGAGUGGUGAGUUACUCAAGAAUGAUGUUGAAGAUGGUAUUUGAUUUCCUAUUACAAGUUUACUUGGGAAAAUGUUUCAUGUUUCUACCAAUACUUUUUUUUUUAUUAUUAAAAAAAUUGUUUACAAAA